UUUGCAGAUGUUGCUAUGAGGACAGAUUCAUCAGAAAUGACUGAUGUGGAGCCUAUGGGCAACGAUUUUGCAUCUUCGGCAAGGGCCGGCCGCCGGAAUGCCAUUGUAGACAUCCAGGAUUCAGCUGUGACAGGCGAAACUUCAGAGUUGCCCCUCAAACUGGAGACCCUCUCCGUAAAGGAAGAUGUAAAAAAAGAAGAUGAAGAAACAACACAAGACCAAUUGGAAAGUCCCCAAGUGAAGAAAAAUGAAGGCUCAUAAACUAUCAAAAGUACUGGAUUUCUGCAAGUUGAAAGACAGUGGCUCUCUUUUCCUGAGAUGUUUGAUCUGGUGGUAACCAUGGUACCACUGCAGCCCUAAGCAAUAUGUGCGUGUUAGAUAGUUUUGCUGUGAUGUUACUCGCUUGGAUUGCAACCGUGAUGUCCAGUGUAGAUCAUUAAAAGGCAGAUUACUUCCAAACUGCAUCCAAAGAAAAGGUUAAGAAUGUAUGGUCACUUGAAUACAUAUCACUGUCUAUGAACCCGGCAAAACCCACUGUUCUCUUUUGGAUUUAUUUAGCCAGGUGUGUUUUUAAUUCUAUUUUUAUGGU